AUGUUCACUGCACCGGUGUAUAAUUUAACAAUUGAAGAGAAUGCCAGGGGUAAAGAGGUUUAUGCAAUACCAAAUACAUCGCUAAGAAUCGGUGUUCCAUUACCGGACAAAUAUUCCAAUGUUAAAUUUCGGAUUGUUGAGGGCGAAAAAACGCAGUUUAAAGCUGAGGCACGAGUUGUCGACAAUUUUGUUUUCUUAAGACUAAAGUAUCGGCAAGAAAGUGUUCUAAAUAGGGAGUUAAAGGAUAAAUAUGUAUUUUUAAUCAAAGCAACAUGUAAACGUAAAGAUGCUUCAAACUUGGAAACAACUGCCACUGUUAAUUUACUUGUUGUCGACCAAAACGACGCUAAUCCAAUAUUUGAAAAAGAAACCUAUUCGGUUCAAGUGCUUGAAAAAAUUAAACGAUUAUCAAACAUAGUACAAGUUCGAGCAUCUGAUGCUGAUAUUGAUUAUAAUGGACAAAUCUAUUAUUCCAUCUUGAAUGAUGUCCCAGAAUUUACCAUCGAUCCAAUUACCGGCUGGAUAAAAAAUGUGAAACAGUUGUUGCCUGGGACAUAUGAGCUGAGUCUUUUGGCUGAAGAUCGUGCAUCUCGACUUUACAGCAAUGAAAAUCGACAGGAUAGGUCUUCCAGCAACGGUCUCAAUCAAGCAAAAGCUUUGAUAACAGUGUUAAAAGCCGAAACGUCGUUGCCGAAAGUAAGGAUUGAAAAACGAACAAUAUUUGCGUCAUUAUACAACAGUUCGCAAACUGCUGCUAUCAUAACGACAGAAUCUCAGGCAGAUGAAGAUUUGCAUUUGCGCCUUGCUGACGAUAAAUUUGCUCCCUACUUUAGGUUAAUAAAGGGUCAAGAAACUGACAUAUGGCAACUUCAGUCUGUACCAGGACAUAUACCUGCAAAAAACUGGAAGGCAUCUGUAAUUGUAAGCGUUGAUGGCGAACCAAGCAGGAGUGUAACAGUAGAUGCUGAUGUAGAUGUUGAUGAAGCGCGUACUCUAAAAUUCCCGAGUUCCGUUUUACGUUUCUCCGUCAACGAAUCUUCUCCGAUAGGCUUUUUAAUUGGCAGAAUUAAUGCUGUAAUCAAAAACGGAUUGCCGUCUGACUAUCAAAAACUUCGGUAUUCUUUUACAUCUAACAACGAAAGUGUACCAUUUUGGGUGGAUGAAAUGUAUGGAUAUUUGCGUUUGAAAGAUUGGGUCGACUAUGAAGCUAAAACAUUUUAUAAAUUUGGUGUUAAAGCUGAGUUAAAAGAAUUUAACGUAAAGACUGUCAGUACGGUGGAGGUUUCUGUUAAGGACAGUAAUGAUCACAGUCCUUUGUUUGCAGCGAAAUGGGUUCGUGGUGAACCAGUUGUCGUUUACGAAAAUAUGCCACUGGAAAAGACAGUUGUAAAAGUCGAAGCACUGGAUUCUGAUAGCGGUAGUAAUGGCUUAGUUCAGUAUAUGUUGAUUAACGAAAGCAAUACACCUUUCACGAUCAAUUCAAAAACUGGAGAGGUUGUCAUCGUUUUGAAUGCAACGGAUGCUGAUUCCGAUUAUGCAGGAUUAGUUCGAUAUGCCUCUCUGGAUAAGUACUUUGCUGUCCAACCAUUUACCGGCGAAGUAAUAAUUCUGAGAAAUCUUCACGAUUUAUUUUUGGAAAAGAAAAAUGAUGUGAAAACAGUCGAUUAUCCUUUGACAGUUAGUGCAUUUGAUAUGGGUGAGCCGAUGAAAAGCACAAAUAAAACACUGACGGUCACAGUGGAAGCCUGCAAUAACAACGCACCAAAGUUUGAAAAGCCAUUCUAUCAGGUUCAUCUGAAAGAGGAUAGUCCCAUCGGUACCGAUAUUGUAGUUGUAAAAGCAACUGACGAAGAUCUAGGUGAGAAUGGAAGAGUGGCUUAUCAGCUUACUGGAAACAGUAAUUACGUAAAGAUUGACGCGAGUAGCGGUAUAUUAUCAGUUCGGGAUAAGUUUGAUCGAGAAACAAAAGAAAGUCAUUGCUUCACAGUAAUUGCUCAUGAUCAUGGUGAACCACCAAGGCUUGGAUUCGUCAAUGUUACUGUAUUACUUGAUGACGUAAAUGACAACGAGCCACGGUGUGUUACUUAUUCGCAAAGGGUUCAGAUUCCUGAAGAUUACCCCAAUGGUGCACUUAUAACGUGCAUUCCAGUAAUUGAUCCGGAUUAUGGCGAGAAUGGCAGGGUUACUUAUACAUUGUUUGCUAGUGACUUGACAAGUGUUAUACCAUUUCGAAUUCAACCCGACACAGGUUGCAUAUUUUUAAAUAGCAAACAACCACUGGAUUAUGAGACCAGAGCGUUCUACAAUCUCACUGUCAAGGUGGAAGACAACGGCCAACCAAAACUGUCUUCAUCGUGCAAUUUGAUUGUUCAGCUGAUAGACGUUAAUGAAAAUUUGCAUCCGCCCGUGUUUUCAGACUUCGCAUACGAAUUUACUGCAUCUGAAAACGUUAAAUCUGGAACUACUGUUGGUAAACUUGAAGCUGAAGACCCAGAAAAGCCUGACGCACUAUUAAAGUACUCAAUUGUGGACGGCGAUGGAGUCGGCUACUUUUCAAUUGAUUUGAAAGGUGUAUUACGUACAACAGCAGUAUUGGAUCAUGAAGUGGACACCAGUUACUGGCUAGCAGUGAAGGCUGAAGAUGAUGCUUCGGUACCACUGAGCUCAAUAGUUCACGUGUUGGUAAAAGUGCUGGACAAAAACGACCAUGCACCGUUACCUCGCAGUCCUAUAUACUUUGUUUCUGUUCCUGAGAAUUCUCCAGAUACAGUUGUCGCUAAGAUUGAGGCAGAAGACAAGGACAACAUUGCUAAACAAAAGGACUAUGGUCUUGUCUACUCAAUUGCUGGUGGUGAUCCUCAAAGUUUUUUCUCUAUUGACUCAUACACAGGGUACUUGACUACGCAUUCAACUAGACUGUUGGAUCGUGAAAUGCAGAAGGAACAUACACUGAUUGUAAAAGUUUGUGACCAAGAUGAACCGCAGCUGUGCACAUCUGUUCCUGUGGUUGUAUCAAUUGAGGACAGAAAUGACAACCCACCGGUUUUCAAGAAUCAGCAUUACAAAUUCGAAGUUCGAUCAGAUGUAGUUGGAGUUCUUUGCAGGGUGUUUGCAGUUGAUUUGGAUGAGGGAGAAAAUUCUCGUAUUUCCUAUUCAUUAACUGGUGAUCCUCGUUGUUCCAUUGAUAGUGAUGGUCACAUAAGCUGUAACGAAGGACUAAGCUCAAAGGAGACUGUAUCUCUUGUCGUUCAUGCUACUGAAGUUGUUGCACCUUACAGCAACAGUACCACUCGUGUUACGCUUAUACCUGUUGCAAAAGGUUCUCCUAAAAAGAAGCGAAAUUUGAAGCCGAGAUUUAUCAACGAAAAUCUGUGGAAACGCCUAACUGUUUCGGACACUGACCAUGUUGGCGAUAGUAUUGGACGUAUUGAAGCAGAGGAUCCCGAUGGAGAUAAGUUGUGGUGGACUCUGUACGACGGAAAUCUUAACAACACUUUUGCUCUUAGAAAUGAUACUGGCGCUUUAUUUUUAACUAAACCGCUUGAUAGUGUCAGUGUUGCCGUCAAAUUUUUCAGUUUGAAAUUUAUGAUUUCCGAUGAUGAGGAUAUUAUUAUCAUCGAAAUAUCGAGAGAUGUCUCAAAGCGUCCACACUUUAGUGCAACGCAUUAUAAAAUACAGAUUUCUGAAAAAACCGCUGUUGGGUCUUUGAUACAUACUGUCAAAGCGACACUCGGCGGAAAUGAACCGCCAGCACGUUCAACUGACAGGGGGAUAACGUACAGUAUCAAAUCUGUAGAAAAUACUGGUGCGAAAGAUAAAAUCAGAAUCGAUCCGACGACUGGCAACAUUUUCCUCACUGGAACUCUUGACCGUGAAGUGUCUCGAGAAUUCUCUAUGAUCAUAUCUGCCAGAAGUGGAAUUUUAUCCAACUAUGUGAUGGUUACUGUAGCGAUAACAGGGGAAAAUGUCACUGCACCGAAAUUUUUACAGAACGAAUACUUUGUUAGGGUUUUUUCUCGGACUCCUCUUCGCAGUAUAAUUACCUCAGUUCGUGCUUACGAUACAGACUUGGGAAGAGACGGAGUUGUUGUUUAUUCUAUCGCUGCUGGAAAUGAAGGGGGCUAUUUUGCAAUUGACCGGCUGUCUGGAGAAAUAAUGGUUGCUAAAAGUUUGUUGUUGAGUGAAAGUAUUGAGGCUGUACUUACAAUUCGCGCUACAGAUGAAAGCGCAUUUAAACUUUCUGAUACUUGUACUGUACGUAUUCAAACUAUGCUUGAUGAACUGUUGCUACCGUCGUUUCAAAGACCUGUCUACCUUGUUCCUGUCUUGAAAACUGCACCGGUUGGGAGUCUUUUAACUGUUGUUGGUUUGGAAUCCGCAGUGGCCGGAUUCCACUUCUCUUUGGAGAAAUCGUGUGAUUAUCUUGAUGUUCAUCCAGUUUCGGGAGCUGUCUAUUUGGAAAAGGGCUUGAACAAAAAAAUCGGUAGCGGUCUUCUCAACUGCACUGUUUUAGCCCGAAACACGUUGGGUGAUCAAACUUCAGCGCAAUUAAUUUUAAAGGUAGCUGAUGUCAAUGAAUAUGCACCGUUCUUCAAUCAAUCUGUUUAUAUCGGUUAUGUUGAAGAAAGGCGUCCUGCAGGUGUUAUGGUUGUUACUGAAGACGGACUUCCGCUUAAAGUUCGGGCACAUGACGAUGACGUGGGAUUGAAUGGAUUUAUUAAUUAUCGCAUAGUUUCUCCGUUUGAACCAUACUUUAUGGUCGAUUAUGUUACUGGUGUCAUACGUACAAAAGCCAUAUUAGAUUACGAAAAAGUGAAAAGAUGGUCUUUUUACGUGCAAGCGAGCGAUAUGGGUUCAAAGGCUUUGAGUUCCUCUGUACCGGCUAUGGUCACAAUUGUAGUCGGUGACGUAAACGAUGUACCCCCGAGGUUCGGGCAGAAGGAAAUUUAUGCAGAUUUGGUACUUCCGACUUUGAAAGGUGUUAAAGUAGCAAAAUUAAAUGCUUAUGAUCCCGAUACAGUUGGAACACUAAAAUAUUUCUUCAGUGAAGGUAGUCAGUUAUUUGAUUUGAACACUGCUACUGGAGAUGUCACUGUUAAGGCAGAGAACUCGUCACAGUUUAUGCUUAGCGAAUACAAGAUACCAAUAAUAGUAACAGACGGGAUUCAUAAAGAUUCUGCAGUUCUUGUAAUACUUGUUAAGAGUUCAUUGUCGCAAAAUCUUCAUUUCUUACAAAAUGAAUACCAAGUCUCACUGACUGAAAAUGAAGUCUCUUCUGUCGCACAGCCGUUGAUCACUGUAACAGCUAUCGGAUUAGCCGGUGAUACAGUGACAUAUCGAAUACUUAACCCGCAUCCUGAAUUUUCGAUUGGUUUUGGUUCUGGUCAGAUCAGCUGGUUGGGUGGUGCUAUUGAUCGAGAAGUAACGCCGCAAAUUAAUCUUCUCGUUGAGGCUUCUUCAAACGGUGAUAAGGUCGAGAAAGCGCAAAAGAUAGUAACCAUUAAUAUAGAAGAUGUGAAUGACUGUGAGCCGGUCUUCAUCAAUUUGCCUUACAUUGCUGCUGUUCCGAGGAACGUUAAUUUAGGAUAUAAAGUUAUGAGCAUCAGAGCGGUAGAUAUGGAUCAAGACGAAAAUGGAGCUGUUAGGUAUGGAUUGAAAGGCGAUGUUAGCUUUGUAAAACUUAACAAGUAUGAUGGAUGGAUCACAAUCACUGAGUCGUUGAGUAAUUCAGAGAUCAGCUCUUUCUCCUUCGUUGUUGAGGCUUCUGAUCAAGGUACUCCAAACAAGUCGUCGACUGCUAACGUUACCAUCAAAGUCGUUGAUUACUAUCUACCAGUCUUUUCACGUCCAGUUUAUCGCGCUCGUAUACCUGAGGAUUCCGCUAAGGACUCGGAUGUUGUGGUUGUCAAAGCAGUGGGUAGUACCGGGCAACGUUUUGGUUACAUGCUUGAAAGUGGUGAUGCAAUGAGUCAGUUCUAUAUGGACUUUUUAACAGGAGAACUGAAAGUACGACGAUCACUUGACCGAGAAGCUAUAUCGUCUUAUAAUCUUUCUGUAACUGCAGUAGACAUCGGUAAAGACAACGUUUUUGCUCAAUGCGUUAUAAAUAUUGAAGUUGAAGAUGUGAAUGAUAACGCUCCAGAAUUCCAACAUGUUGUUUACCGGGCACAUAUAAAAGAAUCAGCCUCUCAGGGGGCAGAAGUUUUGAAGGUGGUCGCCAUGGACGUUGAUGAGGGGAAUUCGGUCAUAACAUACAGUAUUUCUGGAGAGGAUUCAUCUGUAUUUGCUAUAGAUAGUAUGACUGGUCAAAUAUUUUUAACUGGAAAUCUUGAUUACGAGAAGCAGAGGAAGUACAAAUAUACUGCAAAGGCCUCAGACGAUGGUGGACUGUUCUCGGAAGCGAUCGUCUUAAUUUUUGUUGAUGACGUUAAUGACAAUGCUCCAAUCGUGGGCCGUCUUUCGCAAGUAACAAUAAAUUCAGAUGUGAGCGAGGGGCAGUUUGUCAUGAAAUUGGUUGCCACAGAUGUGGACACCGUCGCUAAUUUUCCAACCUCGCAGCGGCUGUCAUACUCGAUAACUGAUGGAGAUGAAACGCUACUCCAUUUGAACAAUACCAAUGGUGUGAUCACUGUUGCUCGUGCUCUGACCUCCAAAGAUCUUGCUGUGCGUAAUGCUCAUUUCAACAUAUCUGUGUCUGAUGGCAUUCACACGGCUUACACAGAGUUACUGGUCUCAUUUGUUGAGGGUUUCAGCCACCAGCCAGAACUCAAAUUUGAGCGGUUAUCCUACGAAGUAACAAUUCGAGAAAAUAGAAAAAUCGGCAUUUAUCUAACAACUCUAAAAAUCAGUGACAAGGCUCGUUUUGUUCGCUACGGACUUGUGAAUAAGAAUUCAGAGGUUCCGCGGCCUGUUCAGGUUGAUGAGAAAACGGGAGUUGUAAAAUCAGCGAUGACAUUUGAUUAUGAAGCACAAAACUUUUAUCGAGUUUCUGUCAUGGCUGUGGAUGAAAAUAAUAGGCGAGCUUUUGCCUUUUUGCUUCUUCACGUAACGCCAGAAAACGACAAUGUUCCACUGUUUACACUCUCGAAAUAUGAAUUAGACGUUUGGAAUAACAUUCAGGAAGAAGAGCCAGUGUUCAUUGCUUACGCGACUGAUAAAGAUGCAGACGACCAAGUGGAAUAUGAUUUAAACAUUGCAAAUGAAUUGUCUGGAUUUGUAAAGAUAGAUAUUAAACAUGGAACUGUCAGUGUUAAAAAGCUGCCCAGUUUUCAUGGAAAGACAAUGAAAUUUUUUGUGCGUGCUACUGAUCUUGCCAAUCCUCCUCAUCGAAGUGAAGCGGAAGUAAUCUUGAACUUAAUUUCACCUGACUCCUCUUUGCUUCGUUUUUCAAACGACCAGUAUAUGUUUAAUAUAUCGGAGGAUGUUCCGCUGAACACAGUUGUUGGUCGUCUUGAGAUAAGAAAUGAGAUUCAGGUUUCGAAGUUCCGGUUUUCUUUGACAGAAGAACAAGCAGGUCCUGACUUUCCGUUUUAUAUUGAAAGCAGCACCGGAAAUAUUAUAGUUUCGAGCCCACUAAGCGAAAAAAAGAUGCCAGUCUGGCGUUUUAUGAGUCGAGUUGCUCAGGCGAACAGUCCGAAAUCGGGUUCUUUGGCUCUUGUUACCAUUUUUGUGAAUAAAUCAAAGAAGGCGCGUGCUCCGUAUCGUGCAGUCUCUGCAAACCUUCUAGUCCCAGAAGACACGUUGCUGGGUGCCAGUAUUGACGUCUUCUCUGUUGAUGAGACUAAUCUUGAUUCAUUGAUUUCUUACUCCUUAGAAAAAAGCAGUUCAUCUGAAUUUUUUCAAAUUGAUGCACAGUCUGGGAUUUUAUCUCUUGAGAAGAAGCUCGAUCGUGAAAGUCAGCCGGAACAUUCAAUUACUGUGGUGGCCUCUGAUGAACGGCGUGUAAUUUCGAAAAUAUCUGUUCUUGUAAUAGUUCAGGACGUCAACGACUCACCUCCUAAAUUUGAGCCUGAAAAUUAUGAGUUCGUGGUUAAAAAAAGGGAAGCUAAAAAGCAGUAUAUCGGAAAACUUGUCGUUACGGAUCCUGAUUUACCCGAAAGCAAUAAUAUGCAUCUGUAUAUCAUAGAGGGCAACGAGGAUCAAAUGUUUCACAUCGAUAACGAUGGCUCAUUGUACCUUUUGGCCUUUAAAGCAGAGGCGAUUCCUGAUAGGAAGAAUUUAACAGUGAUGGUAUCUGAUGGAAAGUUCCACUCGACGACGCUUGUUAAGGUUUGGUUUGUGGAAGAACUUCGGAGUUUUUAUUGUGAAGACAGGAUUUAUAAGCAAGAUCUGCCUGAAAAUGCCACUUCCGGUACUGUAGUAACUGAGGGACUUCGGCAGAUACCAGAUGAUUUUCGUUUCUUACUGAUUGAGGGAGAUUCCUCCACUUUGAAAGUAAAUAAAAAUGGGAGGACAGUACUUUCUAAGAGGUUGGAUCGGGAGUCUUCUGAUCAGCAUAAAUUCAUCUUGCGGGGACAAGGAUCAGGAGCAAUCUGCAUUUGGCAGAUUUAUCUGGAUGUGUUAGACGUCAAUGAUGAGACCCCAGUUUUUGAGAUGUCUGAAUAUUCACUGAGUGUUAAAGAGAACGCGAUGACAUCGAGAAAUAACCGUAUUUUCUUAACGAAAUUUACUGUCUACGACCGUGACCUCGGCAGUGGAAGCAAAAUUUCAUUCUAUUUUGACGAGGGGUUCAACAAUGUAAUUCGUGAAACAUUCCAUUUAAAUGAGAAGACAGGCGUUUUGUCACUGAUGAAACCUCUUGAUCGGGAAACGGAAGAAAGAUACUUAUUUAUGGUUAGAGCAGUGGAUGGUGGUGGAAAAUUUUCGAAAGGUGCGGUUAUUAAGUUUUAUAAUAAUCCGAAGGUAACAGUGGUUGUUGCUGACGAAAACGAUAACGAACCACAGUUUGAGUUCACCCAAUACAAGUUCCAAAUGAGUGAAUCUGAAAUGGCAGGGUAUAAAAUCGGUCAAGUUCGUGCCUUCGAUUUGGACAAGAAUGAUCACGUUCGGUACAAUAUUGAAGGGUCUGAUAUUGUCAAAAAACAUGUGGUUAUUGAUAGAUCUUCAGGUGACAUCAAGCUCUCUGCUCCGAUUGAUUACGAAAUCACAAAACACCUCUCUUUCGCUGUAAGUGCUACAGAUUCUGGAAGUCCUCCUCUCCAAAGUUUUUGUAGUGUCGAAAUUAAAAUCCUCGACACGAAUGACAACCCUCCAAAAUUCGGACGCAGCAGCUACAAAACAGUUGUUCGAGAAAGUUCCCCUGUUGGGACUAGAGUGAUGAAGAUGGUCGCCACUGAUGCCGAUAGCGAACAGUAUGGUCGUGUAACGUAUCGUUUGUCCGGAGGUGAAGGGGUUUUUUCAAUAAGUGAAGACGGUUGGAUUCUGGUUAGUGGAGAAGUAGAUCGGGAAAAGCCUCCAACUUUCAUUUCAACUUCACAACUUCUUAGUGCCAUGUCUUUUCAGCAGCCAGCUUAUCGACUACAUGUUAUUGCUUCCGAUGGUGGUACUCCUCCACUUACUUCGUCGACUGAAGUAAUAAUAUCCUUAGAGGAUGUAAAUGAUAGUCCACCUAUCAUUACUCCAUGCAAUAUAACGGUUUUCGUGCAGGAAAAUGUUGAACCUGGAUACAUCCUUUCUAAGGUUACAGUAACAGACGAAGAUGCAUCACCAAAUGCAGGCCCAUUCAGGCUAAAUAUUGUUGGUGAUGGGUCGGAAUCAUUCUCUUUUGACUCAGAGUUCAAUUUAAUAGCAAACUCUCGUUUAUCUUUUAAUAGAAGAAAACUGUAUUUACUUAAUGUUAUUGCGUAUGAUCGUGGAGGCCUCUCUACGGAAUGCCCGUUGACGGUUCAUGUUAAACAGGAAAGCUUACAUCCACCUGAAAUAUACCCGUUAAAAAUUAACAUGAACAUUUUCAUGAACGAAUAUUUAGGUGGAAAAAUUGGAGCGAUUUCUGCGAAAGAUCAGGAUUCGUUUGAUCUAUUACAUUUCUACAUGGGUGGCGACACAACUUCUUCGUUCAGAGUUAUUCCAGGAACAGGAGAAAUUUUUGCUAAUCCCGGUUUAACAGCUGGUUUAUAUGAAUUUCUCGUUAAUGUUACAGACGGCAAAUACAUUGUAAAAGCUCCGGUUUCUGUUAUUGUUCAUUCUAUUACACAGAGUAGUUUGGAUCAUUCAGUCAGUGUCCGCUUCUUCAACACUACAGCAGAAAAAUUUUUGGGCGAUUAUCUACCGGUUCUUGAAAAAGCCUUUUCAUACCUUGGGGAUUUUCAAGUCCUGUCACUUCAAGAAAAUCAUUCCGGAAAUGACAGAGGUAUAUUAUGGUUUGAAAAUAACUGGUCGGAGCUGCCAAAUGAAGGCUCUGUUUCUUAUGAGUGUCUUGCCAACUUCCGUUCAAGUCGUUUUCAACCGCGACUUCGAAGAAACCGUAGUCACAGAAAGGAUAUUACGUGGCCUUCAGCCAUUCUCGACGUUCUUAUUGUGGUUUCAAACGCAGUUGGGUAUCAAAAACCAGAUAGGAUUAGUAAAGUUUUUAGCACCAUACUAGAAGAUUUGCCGAUCUUCGAUGAAUUAAAGAUUAAUAUAACAACAGAGGUUUGUAAUUUGCACACCUGUGGAGAAGGCGAGUGUAUUGGCAGAUUGUACCUUGAAGAAUCCGAAUUUCCUUACUAUACAUACAAUCAUGAGGUUUUCUCGGCUCCACGACACGAAAGGACUUUCGAAUGCAUUUGCCGCGAAGGCUACGGUGGGCAACAGUGUACUGAACGCAUCAAUAGAUGUAGCGAGGAUCCCUGUAGAUCGCAUGAGUCCUCUUUAAAUGCGAUGAUGUGCGUUCCUUUGGAAACACCUUCUGGAUAUGAAUGUGUAUGCCCACCAGGUAGAAGUGGCCCAUAUUGUGAAACGCCAAGUUGCGACAAGGACUUCACAGAGUGUAGCAAAUAUUCUGAAAUUAGUGUCAACGGAAAUGCAUACUUCCAAAUCUUGGUCACUUCUUCUUUGGAAGAAAGCUUGCGAUUGUCUUUUAAUCUUCGUACGAUCAGUUCGGAAGCUGUAAUUAUGUAUGGUGCAGGCGAAAAUGAUUUUCAUUCAAUUGAGGUACAAAAAGGGUUCGUGCAAUAUCGUUGGGAUUGUGGGGCUGGCGUUGGUGUGGUUAAUGCAAGCAGCAUUAAUAUAUCAGAUGGUCACUGGCAUAACAUAGAGGUUUAUCGAUACGGUCGUACUGCCAGACUGAAAGUGGAUAGCGUACAUUACUUCCAGGGCUUCAGCCCAAUUGGCGGUGAAGUACUGAAUCUUCGCCAGAAUGCUGCCAGACUGACCUUUGGUGGACAAGUAGAUUUUCCUUCGUAUGAUUACAAUACUAAAGGAUAUCAACGACCAGUUAUAAGCAAAGGGAUGAUUGGCUGCUUUGGACUUAUUACAAUUGACUCCGACGAUCUACCAAAAACUAAACAAGGUUUACGUCUGUAUAAUACUCAAAUGGGUUGUGCUGUAUUGAAAAAAAACCCUUGUCUUCAUAAUCCUUGCAGAAAUGGAGGAUCUUGCCGACCAGGAAGUGAUAAUACUUUUAGAUGCGUUUGUCUUGGCGCUUUUACUGGCCAGUAUUGCGAUUAUUUGUCACCAUGUCGUGAGAACCCUUGCGAAAAUGGAGGUCGUUGUGUUGAACAGGGAAGGGGUUACUACUGCGAGUGUUUGCAAGGCUUUACUGGUCGCAAUUGCCAAAGCAUUGAACCGCCAACACACAUUUUGUCAGAAGUAAAACCAGCGGGACUCACCUGGCCACAAAUGUUCAUGUCUCUCAUAUUCGUCAUAUUAUUUUUAUUUGUCCUUCUGCUUUGUUUCAAGUGUUUCAUCUGCUUGAAUAAGAUUAGGAAAAGCCCGACAAAACUAGGUUAUAAAGACGGAGAACAGGAAACCCAACCGUUUAAUCCACAACAGAUGGGAUCUUUUGAUAGUUAUCCAGUGACAGCGCCCCCUCCAUUACCACCUCCUAGACAUCAGUUUAGUAACCUCCAGCAAGCGCAGUUGAGCGGAUUGCCAUUAGUUAAAGUCAAGCCGAUGCAUCAUGAGGGCACAUCAAGAACCGGAAGUAGAUCUCCAUCUGUGGCAGAGUCAGUUCACUGUCAAACGAGAAGAAUAUCGAAUUCUAGUUUUCAGAGGAAUCGCGAUUUUGGAAGGAACUGUAUUUCGUCUGCUGAUGAACUUGAUCAGUCAUCUAGAUUCGCCAUACUUCAUUAUGGGAAGAAGAUCCCUGAAGUAGAUUCUGAAGAAUUGAGCUCCUCUUCUUCACACGCCCGAUCUAUGAGAGACGGUGCCGAACGUCGUCGUAAGCCUAGAAUGAGACGAUCAAACCGCGCAGAUCUACAACGUUCUUUACUCCUCCAGAAUGGUCGGAUUAUGGAGGAACCCCAUAUGCUUAGGGCAGCCCGAGCAGGAUGCGAUCACAGAGCAAGUGGUAGCUACAGAGGAAGUACGGGUCACUGUAGGGAGAGGAGUCAAACAAGCGUGACAAAUUUGAAGAAUAAUUGCAUUGCUGUCGGUGAAUCGGUACUUGCUCCUCGGCCUGAUGAUGACGAGUAUAUGACAAUGCAUAUUCCGCGCGGCGUUCCUAGUCAACAGUCAUCACUUCUUGAAACAAGCGAUAGUGAAGGAAGAGAUGAAGGUCAGUAUAUCUAUCCAGAUCAAUUUCGUAGUUCACAAAGAAAACCAACUCCACCAGUUCAUGGAAGAAGACGUCAAAAUGGCGAUGCAACAGAGGAUCGCAAUCCCGUUUAUGACAACCCCGCCAACGAAACUUUGCUCGUCAAACCCAGUGCAAAGAGAAAGGUAAACAGUGUUAGUUCGCUAAAACGACCGCUGUCAUCACCGAAUCUGCAUGGGGAUCUUGACCAUAUUGAUAGCGAAAAUGAAAUUUCUAUGGAGUUAAAAGCUAAUUAG